CAGGUGUGCUCCUAUCUAAAAAGAAUGAUAUCUACCUCAGUGUAUGCCUCAUGGGCCAGUACAGGAAGACUCCCUGUUUGCCUCCUGUGUUCCCUUUACGCUUCCACCACAAAAUGGUCUUCAUCAAGACUUUCCCUGGCGUUGUUGACCCUGCUGAUGUAGUUGACCUCCUAGAAGCUGACACAACAUCUUUUGAGCUGAUUCAGUUGGUGCCUCCAGAGGGUGAGAUCCUAGCCAAGAUGGAGGAAAGCAGCAGAGAUUUUCUGUACCCUGGUCCCAGACUGAGCUUCAGAGAAGGAGCUGCAGAGAGAGAGAUACUGAUGAAGAGGUCCUCCUCCUUCUCUGGAAUCUCUCCCAAAGUGGAGUUUGCCACGACAUCAGUCAUUGAAGAGAGUGAUGGUAGAGACAGCCCGGCAACCUCACCUGUAAGUUGUCAGUCACCAUCCAGCGUGCAUUUAUCCAGAAUAGAUCAUGGGAACUUAGUGUCUUCAAAAGAUGAGAAGGAACGGCUAAAUGUUACAAACUCUGCACAGUCAUCUACAUCCAGACGCUCUUCUCCUUCAUCCUCGUCCGGCCACAGUCCCCAGAAAAACAAGACACGCAGAAAAAAUACUACUCUCAGAGUUUCUGUAGACUCUGGCUACCAGCAGCCCACAGUUUCCUCCAGAACUCGGGCUUUGUCCCCGUACACCCACCGUAAGAUGUGCCAGCUCUCAGAGGACGCCAGACAGAGGCUCAGCCACCUCCAGAUUGGGCCUCACCACUUCAGGAAGGAGACAGAGAGCCAGCCCCCCUUCUUGGUUCCUCGUUGCAGUAGUGUCUUGGGGAUGGGAACUCCUUCCUCCUUUCCACAGGAUUAUAGCAUGCAUCGUCGUACUGUUAGCUUCUCAGCUGAUCACACUGAUUCUUCUCUCCUUGGGAGUUAUAGACCAAGAACAGCCAGAGCAGACUUGUCUCCAGGGACAGUAUUCAGAAAUGAAGCCCGAAACAGAAACCCUGUGAGAGCCACUGCCUCAGCUGAGUCCACCUUGACUGUGUCAAAAUCCAGAAGCCCUCCGAUUCUCCACCAGUCCCUCAGAGAAAGGCUCCAGCGCAGUCAGCCCAGUCCAUCCUACAGGGAGCAGAUCCACAGUAGAGUCCAGAGGAUUCUGCAGACCCACAGAGCCUCACUGGACAGCUACGUGAGCCCUGACCUUUAGCCCACUGAUCU